UUCAAUAAGACCGCGUGGCCGGUUUUGCGAGGGAUGGAGUUUCUCGAGUUCCGUGUGUAGUCCUCAACAAAGUACUUCAAAACUGAUGUUAACAUUGGGGAGACAUUAUGUUGGUGUUAUUUGAAUCUCCAGCAGGUUAUGCUGUUUUUAAGCUUCUGGAUGAGAAGAAGCUGCUUGCCGUUGAUAACCUGUACCAGGAUUUUGCCAGUCCUGAGGGAGCAAGCAGAAUAGUGAAGCUGAAACAGUUUGAGAAAUUUCAAGACACAACAGAAGCCCUUGCAGCUGCAACUGCCGCCGUGGAAGGCAAACUCAACAAGGGCUUGAAGAAAAUCCUCAAGAAGAUCGUUGCGAAAGAUGCUCACUCGGAACUUGCAGUAGCUGAUGCUAAAUUGGGUGGCAUCAUAAAGGAAAAGCUCGAUCUAACAUGUGUUCACAACUCGGCCAUUGCCGAGCUCAUGCGAGGCAUUCGGUCACAGUUCAGCAGUCUGGUGCCUGGACUCCCUGAGAGGGAGCUGACAGCAAUGACACUGGGGCUGGCUCACAGUCUGUCCAGAUACAAGCUCAAGUUCAGCCCGGACAAAGUGGACACCAUGAUUGUUCAGGCAAUUUCCCUUUUAGACGAUCUCGACAAGGAACUGAAUAACUACAUCAUGAGAUGUCGGGAGUGGUAUGGCUGGCACUUUCCUGAACUGGGGAAAAUUAUCAGCGACAAUCUGGCCUUUGCAAAGGUUGUCAAAUUCAUGGGUGACCGAACCAAAGCAGCCAGUUUAGACUUCUCGGAACUCCUCCCUGAAGAUCUGGAAGAGCAGGUCAAACUUGCAGCUGAGAUCUCAAUGGGAACAGAAAUAUCCGACGACGACUUUCAAAAUAUUCUCUAUCUUUGCGAACAGGUGAUAGAGAUAACGGAAUACAGAGCCCAACUGUACGACUACCUGAAGAACAGAAUGCAGGCCAUAGCACCCAACCUGACCACAUUGGUCGGUGAACUAGUCGGAGCAAGACUAAUAGCACACGCAGGGUCGUUGAUGAAUCUAGCCAAGCAUCCCUCCUCCACAGUGCAAAUCCUUGGGGCUGAGAAGGCCUUAUUUAGGGCUCUCAAAACAAAGAAGGACACGCCCAAAUAUGGUUUAAUCUAUCACGCCUCAUUGGUCGGACAGACAAACCCCAAGAACAAGGGCAAGUUGUCUCGUAUGCUGGCUGCCAAGACAUCCCUGGCGAUCCGCGUGGAUGCCUUGGGUGAGGACAACGAUAUGGAGAUCGGUAUUCAGAGCAGAGCCAAGGUUGAGGCCAGGCUGAGGCAGCUGGAGGAAGGAGCAAUGCAUCGCAUCAGUGGGACAGGCAAGGCCAAAGCCCGUACAGACAAGUACCACCAUAAGAGCGAGAUCCGUACCUACAACCCCGCUCAGGACUCCACCCUGCCCUCGGUGCCAAAGAAGAGGAAGCUGGACGAUGACGAAGAAGGAGACAGCAAAGCUCAGGUGGCAGUAGCGGUGAAGAGAGUGAAGAUGGAGCCUCUAGAAGAGGGAGAGACGGAAACGCCAGAGAAGAAAAAGAAGAAGAAAAAGAAGAAGGCUGUCAAGGAAGAAGUAGAUACCUCAAUAGUCAAGGUGGAGGCGACAGAAGAACCAGAAGAAAGGACCCUGUCGGAAAAGAAAAAAAAGAAGAAAAAGAAGAUAAAAUCUGAAGGGGGCACCGAAGCGGACACAACACUCACAGAACCUGAAACGCCAAGCACAGAGAAGAAGAAGAAAAAGAAGAAAAAGGGGAAGGAGUGAGCCCCACCGCAUUUCCUCCUCAUUUUUCUUUUCCUCCCUUGUAAUUUUUCUGUAAAAUGUCUGGAGUUUCUGUAAAAAGGAAUGUUCAAUACCCAUUUGUAGUCAACAGCUCGAACAGCCAAAAUUGGUUGUUUGCCGCGGCCAGUAUUUCAGUUCUGACAGAGAUACAGACGGUUCUUAGGAACACGGGUCUCACAAAUCAUCUCCAGCCUCCCUGCCUCAGGCAGCAUUUUGUCCUAUGCAUGCUUAGGUCUUGAGAAACCCCAAACUUGAUGGAUGUGCUGCAGAAGGCCACUUAAAUUUUUCAUUUUUAUUAAACAAAUUCUUUAGUAAAAGUUUUUGCUUUCCACUUGUAUUAAAUGUCAUUCCCUUGCUUCUCCAGUGUCAAAACUUUUCUUUUUGGGGGUUCUAAAUGAGGACCACAGUCCUCAAUAUCAAACUUUUGUGUAUUAGUUUUUCCAGUGACCAGUAUGGACGCAUAGUAAAGCUCCAUUAGAUUUGCAUUUUUGACAAAUAAAAUUCUUUAUUGUCUCAUGCAUUUUGUAAAGACCUCCCUUCACAAGUUGUUGUUUAUUUCAUCUAAACUGUAAUUGCAUUUCUUUUGAACUUGUGCCUUUUAAACUCAACCACCAAUUCCUCUACAAUCCAUUUCGGUUUUUCCCCUAAACUGAUGAAAUAAAUACAGCCGUUAAAUAGCCCCUCCUGCAUCCUAUUAUUGAAAGAUUUUUAAUAAAGGAAACCUCUUCAAAAAAUAUAAAUGCGAUGUGGAUUUAUACUGGCACCUGAAGUUCCUCAAGCAGUUCUGUUGACUCACCAGACUGGGCAAAGUUUUUUUUUUUACUUUUGUACAUAAUCAGAUGUAUUUUCCCCUGUUUGGCAGUGACUUGAACGAGAAUGUUAUGAGGACCAGUUAAGAUUGUUCUUAUUUCUUCCAUUCUUGUAAUGCCUUGAAAUCGGGCACAGUUCAGUUAUAAGUUCCAUUUGGACACCAUGGUGACCUCUGGCACAAUUUCUGAUUGGCUUGAUUUGUUCCAUUCAAGCUUCAUCCAUGUACAUGUACAUGCAUUUUAGACGUGCCUAUUCUCCUGUGAACAUAGUACAUUGAUUGAAAAGUUCAUGUAAAUGGUGUAACAACACAGAGCUGCGAGCAGUUUGGAAAGUGUCCCUCAAAAGGACAAACAGUUAUUCGGGGGUGUGUUUUAUGAAAGAACUUUUGAUGAUGCGUACCAUGCUCCACUGCCUUCGUACAUGUACAUGUUCUAGGAACAGGAUUCCAUGCUGACCUUUUGACGUUCUUGUUCUAAUGCAGCCUAUUAUUCUCUCUAUUUUGGGAAACCUUGGGAGAUGCAACUUCAACUUGUAAACAACCCCAUAUCCCCCUCCCCAGCAGAUCCACCUGCGCUUUGUUGUACAGUAAUGAAGAAUGGACUUACCACAAAUAAGAGACACUUAAACCCUGACGGUCCCAAAUCCUCCAAUUUCAGUAUGAGUUACAUAUACCGAAGGGUGUAGGUUAAAUUAAAUCAUUUUUACACUAUCGAUACAUGAGUGCAUUGCUCAACAUUGGUUGCAUUUAAAAAACAAUGUACAUGUGCUUUGCCCAUUUGCAAAAUUUCGGACAACGUGGCAAAUAUUCCUAACCAUAACCAGUUUUAGUAAUCACUACACAGUGUUUUUUAAUGCACUUCACAUAUUUGUGAGUUCUGGCAUAUCUGUCGAAGUGAUCUUCUAGAGUUACCUGAUAUUUUUCCAUUGUGCGAGUUGGUUGGGUGUGAGUUGAUGUUCACAUGAAUAGGUUUCUACUUGGCCUGUUGAGUAGAGAGACAAUUGUCUCUUAAAACAGCAAGGUUGCCAGAACCAACUUCAUUACUUUUCAUGUAAUAGCCGUAUUAUAAAAGGACUAGAAGAAUACAUGCCAAAAGAAUUCAAAAGAUUGAGACCCUGGGAAGGUGAGCUCUUGGCAACAGUUGUGGUAUCACACUUCUCGUUAUAUACAUGCAUAGGUUAUGCAUCAAGGUAGAAUUGGAGAGCAGGGGCUUUGUAUCGCCAGGAUAGGCUCUAGUAAACUUUUUGUGCAUCAUUUCAAUUAAAUUAAAAUGACAAAGAAAAGCUC